AUAUCACAGCUGGCAAGUUUUUUCAUUGACCAAAAAGAGCACAAUGUGAGAAUAUUUUAUGUCGUAAGAUCUCUUUUUUUUUCCAUAACAGAAUUGCCAGACAUGAGAGAUGAAGUCAACUUUUCCAUCUAAGAUAAUUGAGAAUUUCUUAUAACCAAAUUGGUUUGCCUCAAUUGACAUCCAAUAAUAUACAAGUACUAUAAUCUAAUCUAAGUUAAAGUUGCUUGGACCUUCCAAAAAUGCACUAAUCUUAUGCAAUUUAGGAGUGAGUGAGAUGCACACGUUAUUAUAUUUUUAAAAAGUCCGAGCGCACACACAAAUCUGCUACUCUUGUUGCAGUAAUACAAAGUGAAAGUUCACAUUCUUUCUUCAUUUCAUCUCAAAACCUUCUCCAUUUUUCUCAAUGGGGUGUACAGAGAUACUGGAGAAAUUGCUGGAAACGGUUUGUGGGAAGCAGCAUGAUGUUCGAAUAGAACGCGAUCCUAGCAACGGUACAAGUUCCAUCAAGAUCAAGGGAACAGUUGUAUUGAGGAAGAAGAAUGCAUUGAACUUCAAUGAUGCUGGUUCUGCCUUUCUUGAUCGAAUGCACGAGCUCUUUGGCAAACAUGUCUCCCUACAGCUCAUUAGUGCUGUACAUGCUGAUCCUGGAAAUGGAUCAAAAGGGAAGUUGGGAAAACCAGCAAUUUUGGAAUGGACAUCCUCCAAGACUUGGAUAUCAGUGGAAGAAGCUGCAGUCAAUAUUACAUUUGACUGGGAUGAGUCAAUAGGAGUUCCUGGUGCUUUCAUUAUAAAGAACUAUCAUCAUAGCCAGUUUUACCUGAAGACACUCACUUUACAAGAUGUUCCUGGACAUGGUGAAGUUCAUUUUGUCUGCAAUUCUUGGGUGUAUCCCGCACAUCGCUACAACUAUGAUCGCGUGUUUUUCAGCAACAAGACAUACCUGCCAUGCAACACGCCAGAACCCCUUCAGCCAUACAGGAAUGAGGAGCUCGUUAAUCUUCGGGGUACAGGUUCUGGCAUGCUCAAAGAAUGGGAUAGAGUUUAUGACUAUGCAGUCUACAAUGAUUUAGGAUAUGAUCGACCUGUGCUUGGUGGAUCUAAGGAUCAUCCAUAUCCUCGCAGAGGCAGAACAGGCCGUCCACUGACUAAAAGAGAUUCUAGCUUAGAGAGCCGGUUGCCACUUCCGAGUUUGAACAUUUAUGUUCCGCGAGAUGAAUGUUUCAACCAUGUGAAGUUUAAAGAUUUCCUUGCAUAUAGUGCCACAUCAAUUGGCCGGGUCAUAAUUCCACAAACCGCAUCUCUGUUAGCCAGACCUUUUAAUGAGUUCAUCAGCUUCAAACAUGUACUAGGAUUCUACAAAGAUAACGCUGCAGAAGGAUGCAUGCCAUGGAAAAUGUUCAAAGUGCAAUUUCAUAAAUUUCCAAUUCCUCAUGUAAUUAAAGAAGAUAACUCGGCAUGGAGGACAGAUGAAGAGUUUGGACGUGAAAUGCUGGCUGGAGUUAACCCUUUGAUCAUCCAACGUAUGCAGGAAUUUCCACCGACAAGCAAGUUAAAUCCUGAAGUGUAUGGCAACCAAACCAGUAAAAUAACGAGGGAGCACAUUGAAACUUACAUGGAUGGACUAACUGUGGAUGAUGCAAUUAAGCAUAACCGGCUAUUCAUCUUAGAUUAUCAUGAUAUACUUAUGCCUUACCUUAAACGGGUUAACUCAACAACCACAAAGAUCUAUGCUAGUCGUACCCUCCUUCUACUCCGAGAUGAUGGAACGUUGCAGCCACUUGCAAUUGAACUGAGCUUACCACAUCCACAAGGAGAUAAACAUGGUUCCAGCAGUCAAAUAUUUACCCCGUGUAGCGAUGAGAGCGCUGAAGGCUAUGUCUGGCAUCUGGCCAAAGCUUAUGUUGCUGUGAAUGACUCUGGAUAUCAUCAGCUCGUCAGUCACUGGUUGAACACCCAUGCAGUGAUAGAGCCAUUCAUUAUAGCAACAAACAGACAAUUGAGUGUGCUUCAUCCAAUCUAUAAGCUUCUACAACCCCAUUUCCGCGAUACAAUGAACAUCAAUGCUUUAGCUAGGCAUAUUCUCAUUAGUGCAGGUGGGGUACUUGAAUUGACGGUAUUCCCAUCCAAGUAUGCCUUAGAAAUGUGUUCUUCCAUCUAUAAGAAUUGGGUGUUUACUGAGCAGGCACUCCCUGCAGAUCUGCUUAAGAGAGGAGUUGCAGUGCCAGACCCAAGUGAGCCUCAUGGCCUUAAACUUCUGAUAAAGGAUUAUCCUUAUGCUGUUGAUGGACUUGAGAUAUGGUCAGCAAUAGAAGGCUGGGUUAACGACUACUGCUCGUUGUAUUACACAACAGAUGACAUGAUUCGAGAUGACACUGAACUCCAAUCAUGGUGGACAGAAGUUCACGAUGAAGGUCAUGGUGACUUGAAAGACGAAAAGUGGUGGCCUCAGAUGCAAACGAAAGCUGAACUAAUCCAAAUAUGCACCACAAUAAUAUGGGUGGCUUCUGCUCUUCAUGCAGCAGUUAAUUUCGGGCAAUAUCCUUAUGCUGGUUACCUCCCAAAUCGCCCAACAAUAAGCCGACGAUUCAUGCCUGAGCCAGGCACCCCUGAGUAUGCUGAGCUUGAGUCAAACCAUGAACUUGCUUACCUAAAGACAAUCACAGCCCAAUUCCAAACACUUCUUGGCAUAUCUUUGAUAGAGAUGUUAUCCAUGCAUUCCACAGACGAGAUUUAUCUCGGACAAAGAGACACUCCUGAAUGGACUAGUGACACUCAACCACGACAUGCAUUGGAGAGAUUCCGCGACAAACUGAUUGAAAUAGAGAAAAGCAUAAUGGAUAGGAACAAUGACAGUACAUUCAAGAACAGAAAUGGACCUGUACAAAUGCCUUAUACAUUACUAUGUCCAAAUGCCUCUGGUGACAACAGUGCAACAGGACUUACUGGGAAGGGAAUCCCAAAUAGUGUCUCAAUCUGAAGUUACAUGACAUAAAAUGGUCUGCUGUAUAUGAAAUUACACAAGUUUUGGUACAGCUAUGACCUCUGCUUCCUUUGAUGAUACUUCCUCCUUUCAGUCUUUUUUUCUUAGUUACUAUUUGUACUGUCAAAGAACACUUUCUUUGGCAAUUACUUAUCCAAAUAUUUUGAAUUCUUAGUUACUAUUGUGACCUAUAGUACUCUUUAUGCAGUUUCUAAAUAUGCUUUUAUAAGUUACCAGGUAAAA